AUGCCACCCGUGCGCUCGCGCAACUCGCGCAAACCACCCCCAGUGGGCUUCGACGACAUCGAAGACACACUCCUCGAAUACAGCAACAAGAUGCGGGACGCACAGAACGCAUCACACGAAGGCAAGAAGAAGCACGAGACGUUGUGGCCGAUAUUCCAGAUCUCGCACGCCCGCUCCCGCUACAUCUACGACCUGUACUACGAGCGCGAGGCCAUCUCGAAGCAGCUGUACGAUUGGCUGCUAAAGAACGGCUACGCAGACGCCAAUCUGAUUGCCAAGUGGAAGAAGCAAGGCUACGAGAAGCUGUGUUGUCUUCGCUGUGUGCAGACGAAAGAGACAAAUUUCGCGGGGACGUGUAUUUGUCGUGUGCCGAAGGCAGGGUUGAAGAGAGAGGAUGGCGGCGGUGAUGGUGCUGGAGCGGGCAUUCAGUGUGUCAGUUGUGGGUGUAGAGGCUGUGCGAGCAGUGAUUGA